CAGGAUAAUGAACAUCUAGAAAAUAUCCUUUGGUCAAUGUCAUGCAAUAUUUGAAAAAUAUGACGGAAGGAAAUCCUGGUAAUUGUGCAUGUACCGGAGACAGUUCUGUAGAACCUUACAAGAAUUGGUACGAAUAUGUCAAGCCUAUGGAGAGUAUGGGUAGUUUCUUUACUCCAACAAGCUGCAAAUUUCGCAUCAAAACUGUCACUUCCAACCAAUUGGUAUCUCCGUGGCAUCCCUUUGGACCUGAUAGAAAGCUUAAAUAUCCACCAGCAGACUGUGUUAAAGCUCAUUAUGAAGAGGUGGCAAAUAUUGAUUUGAAGAAAUCCAAACGUUUAAAGAUUACACCAAACAACAUAAUAAACUUGAAGGAUUUAGCCGAUGGUACUUGGGAGAGACAGAAGGCGAAGAAAUUUGAGGCUCAGAUUUUGGCACGCAAAAAAAAAAUUCAGCAGAAACGACAAGAACGCAGGGCUAAAAGAAUUCCUGAAUCUGUGAUUCUGGCCCAAAAACAAGCAGAAUGUCCUAGAGAUAUUGAAGAUCAGCUAGACGAGUUGCAUUCACAAGUCGAUGAAGAACAAAAUGCUUUUGUUCGUCCUGAAGAUUUUUGUAGGAUUCAUUAUCUGAGGCAUUACAGUAUUCAAGAUUCAGAUCUGGAACCAUACGACUAUAGGAAUAUCGAACAAGCUCGAGCUCGCAUAACAGGGAGGCUGCGCCAACGCCGAGAUUUCAAUGAGAGACUAGCGUCGCUUGAGCCUGAGAUCAUUAUGGAUUAUAAAGAAAGUUUGAGAGUAGCAAUUGUUGCUUAUGCUCUGUUAGAUCCUGUUGAAAGGAAACGUUUGCUGAUAAUCACUUUACCCGCAGAAUACCCCAUUAUCAAUGUGAGGGCUCCGGUGCCUUGGCAUUCUUCCAAAAUCAUCGCUGAACAUUUCAUGGAAUAUAAUUUCUUCAUAGGAAAUGAAAUUCUACAGGACAUUCGUGACUUGUGGUAUAUCAAAUAUCGACACUUGUUGAUUGUCAGACCUUCUGACUUCGGCGUCUUUCCAGUACAAGCGUCUGAAAUUAGAUCAAAAAUAGAUGUUUUGUGCGAAACUGCUAAUCAAAAAAUAAUGAACGGAUGGAUGUCAGAAGUUGCUGAAAUGUUUUUAGAGAAGAAACAUGCUUGGAAAACAUAUCUAUCGAUGAAACCGGGUGCGUCGACGGUUGGCAUUGAAAAUUACUUCCGAUGUGUAAAUACCUUGCUAUCGAAAAGUUUGCGUGACUUGAUUGUAAAAACGCUCAUACAUCUCAAAGAUUUUUUCGUUGAAUACAGCGAAGGGAAUGAUUUCACAGGUGAAUAUCAGGACAUGACAUUUAUUAGGAAACCUUGUAUGACGGUACGCGUCGAGCCUGUAUUGGGUACGGAUGAAUUAAAGGUAAUUCCCGAUUCAUCUGAGGUAUGUCGAUCCAUCUACUAUUGCUUUGAGCGAAUAAUCAAGAUCGGCGAUGCUAUUCCCAAGAUUGAAGGUCUUUUGUUUCCUGAAAUACACAUUAAGUCGUUCAUGUCUCCUGUUCAUCUUUUAGAACCAGCAAUACAAGAAAUAAUUAACGAAGCUUUAAAUACUUUCGAAGCAAAUAUAAACGGGCCACACAAGUAUUUAAAAAUGUACGACAAUUUUCUGUACAUUCUUGAUGGUCAGGCAGAGCAUGACUUAGAGAGCUACUUUGCUCUUGAUCCACUGCCGGCAUUGCGCGAAUUUGGUCACCGAAUUGAAGGCUACGAUAAUUUAAUACGACAAGUGUUUUUUUUUAGGAAUAAAAUACCAUUAAAUAUCAUAGAACUCGAUUGUACAGAACUCAAUGAAACACUUCGAUCUGUAUUGCGCAGUCUUCGAACGAAAAUAUGUAAUCAUUUUUAUGCGGAAUUACGUGCCAACAAUCAAGAACUGUGUACUGUUUUUGAAGAAAUAGCUGACAAGGUUUCAGAAAUGCCUGAAACUACUCAAGAAGUUAUAGAUUUAUUUAACUACUUAUCAGAGAGUCGGGACUGUACGAUGUUUAAUCUCCGAAGCAAAUCAGCCCAUUCUGUUGAGUUAAUAUUAUUUCUUAUUGACUAUCAGCCUCCUACAAAUGAGGAAAUUAUUUUGAAUACAAGAACUCUUACGUGGCCCAAGGAAAUGGAAGCAGUAAUGGAAUUAGCCAACACUAGAUUGAACCUUAGGAAGGAGUUUGUUGAAGGUGUCCUUCGUAUACGAAGAGAUAAUUUUGAAACACGAAUACACAAUGUCCAGAACGCGAUAGAUCAGUUUAAAAAAAAGGACCCACCUGUGUUGACAAUGGAUGAAAUGGAAUCAGGAACCGAAGAAAUUGAGGAGAUUUCAAAACAGAUGGCUGAGAUUAGGAAAGAAGUGGAAGAGAUUAACAGAGAAGAGGCCUUGCUCGAUAUGGAGCUCAGUCCGUACAUGAUACUUCCUACAAUGAGCUCUACUGUAGAUGUUUUUGACAGAUUAUGGCACACCAUUACAAGUUUCCACAAAAAUUAUGAAAAAUGGUACUAUGGACUAUUUAAAGAUCUUGAUGCUGAAGAGGUUCGAGAAGAAACUGAAAACUCUUGGCGCACUCUCUACAAAUUGUCGAGACUUUUAACCGACACACCAGGGGCAAGACGAAUCGCCGAGAUGGUCAGAGGAAAGGUGGAAAAAUUUAAGCAAUUUAUUCCAUUACUGCAAACAAUUUGUAAUCCUGGCUUACAACAACGUCACUGGGAGCAAAUUAGCCAAGCUGUGGACAUAAAAAUAAUUCCAAAUGCAUCAAGCAGUCUCGGAGAAAUGGUAGACUACGGAUUACCUGUUUACAUCAAUCGUUUAGAGGAAAUAUCUAUGUCUGCUACAAAAGAGUAUGGGCUUGAAAAAAAUUUGCAAAAGAUGCAGGAUGAGUGGUCUGACGUUUACUUUGACCUAACUCCAUAUCGCGAAACUGGUGUUCAUAUAUUGUCUGCCGUUGAUGAUAUACAAAUGCUUUUAGACGACCAUAUCCUCAAAGCUCAAACAAUGAGAGGUUCUCCAUAUGUCAAGGCCUUCGAACAUGCGAUGCAAGCUUGGGAAGAAAAGUUAAUGUCGAUGCAGGAUAUCAUCGACCAAUGGUUGUAUUAUCAAGCGACAUGGAUGUACCUAGAACCCAUAUUUAGCAGCGAGGAUAUAAUGAGGCAAAUGCCAACGGAAGCAAAGAAUUUCCGAGUAGUUGAUAAAAUAUGGCGGCAAAUAAUGACAUAUGUUGCAAGUAAUAGAAAAGUUACUGUAGCAACAUCCAUGCCUGAUAUGUUGAAGCAGUUUAAGUCGGGGAACACAUUGUUGGACGAAAUUCAGAAGCGUUUAAACGAUUACUUAGAAAAGAAGAGAUUAUUCUUCCCUAGAUUCUUCUUCUUAUCCAAUGACGAGUUGCUUGAAAUUUUAUCAGAAACGAAAGACCCUCAAAGGGUUCAACCACAUUUGAAGAAAUGCUUUGAAGGAAUCUCUAAAUUACGCUUUACAAAAGAGCAAGAGAUCAUUGGAAUGCUUUCUGACGAAGAUGAGUACGUUCCAAUGAGUACAAAAAUCUUUCCUGCCGAUGCUAAGGGAUUAGUGGAAAAAUGGCUUUCUCAAGUAGAGAAACUGAUGAAAGUAUCUCUGCGUGAUGUUUCCCAGGAUAGUAUAGCUGCUUAUUUUAAUACCGUAAGAGAAGUUUGGAUCUUAUCUUGGCCAGGACAAAUCGUACUAUGCGGCAGCCAGGUUCACUGGACGAGUGAAGUCUGUGAAUCCUUUGAGGCAAAUUCCGUUCCUGCAUAUCUUGCCCAAUGCAGUUCUCAAAUUGAUAAGACUGUAGCCUUGGUUCGUGGAAAAUUAGAACCUGGUGCAAGAAUUACCCUAAAUGCUUUGAUUGUCAUUGAUGUUCACGCCAGAGAUGUUGUAAAAUUGCUGGUAGCGAAACAGGUCACCUCUGUAACAGAUUUCAAUUGGAUAUCUCAGCUGCGCUACUACUGGAUCGACGAUAGCAUAACUGUUUCAAUGAUAACAACAGAAGUAGCCUAUGCAUAUGAGUAUCUAGGAAAUUCACCACGCCUAGUAAUAACACCUUUGACAGAUAGAUGUUACCGUACUUUGAUGGGUGCUCUCAAGUUGUAUCUUGGGGGAGCGCCCGAAGGUCCUGCCGGUACUGGUAAGACAGAGACAUCGAAAGACCUUGCAAAAGCAGUAGCUAAACAAUGCGUCGUGUUCAAUUGCUCAGAUGGCCUUGACUACAAAGCAAUGGGAAAAUUCUUCAAAGGCCUUGCUCAGUCUGGUGCGUGGUCUUGUUUUGAUGAAUUCAAUCGAAUUGAACUUGAGGUACUCUCUGUAAUUGCGCAGCAAAUUCUGACAAUUCAAAUGGCAGUUGGUAUGCAUCUUGAGAAGUUUAUUUUCGAGGGCACUGAAAUAAAACUGGAUCCGACGUGUAACAUUUUCAUUACCAUGAAUCCUGGCUAUGCAGGUCGUCAAGAGCUUCCUGAUAACUUGAAAGUUCUUUUCCGUACUGUAGCCAUGAUGGUACCCGACUAUGGUAUGAUUGGCGAAAUCACUUUGUAUUCAUAUGGAUUUAUUGAUGCUAGAAGUCUUGCUGAGAAGAUAGUUCACACUUACAAGUUAUGUUCAGAACAGUUAAGCUCGCAGUGUCAUUAUGACUAUGGAAUGCGUGCUGUAAAAACGGUGUUAUUAGCUGCUGGAAAUCUGAAACUCAAGUACACAUCACAAAACGAAUCCAUAUUAGUAUUAAGAGCUAUUGUAGAUGUGAAUCUUCCAAAAUUUCUUGCACAGGAUGUGCCUCUGUUCAACGGUAUCUACACCGAUUUGUUUCCUGGUAUUGAUUUACCUCAGCCAGAUCGUGUUGAACUAAUUGACUUGCUAAAGGCCAAUUGUCAAAAAAGAAAUCUACAAGCAACGGAUUGGUUUAUUGAAAAAGUUAUUCAAAUAUAUGAAAUGAUUCUUGUAAGACACGGUCUGAUGAUAGUCGGGGAACCUAUGGGUGGAAAAACACAGGGUUAUCAGUCACUAGCUGAUUCGUUGGGUGAUUUAUCCACAAUGCGACGAGCGACAAUGAGAGAGUUUAGGACUGUAUACAGAAUUAUUAACCCAAAGGCAAUUACAAUGGGGCAAUUGUAUGGCAGUUUUGAUCCCAUAUCACACGAGUGGAGCGACGGUGUUCUUGCUAACACGUUUCGAGAAUAUGCUCAGUCAUUGAGUAUUGAAAGGAAAUGGAUUUUAUUCGAUGGACCGGUAGAUGCUGUCUGGAUUGAAAAUAUGAACACUGUACUGGAUGACAACAAGAAACUUUGUUUAAUGUCUGGCGAAAUUAUCCAAAUGUCUAAUAGGAUGAAUUUGAUAUUUGAGCCAGCUGACCUGGAACAGGCCUCACCAGCAACAGUCAGUAGAUGUGGAAUGAUAUACAUGGAGCCUUCCCAGCUUGGUUGGCAUCCAUUUUUUGAAUCCUACAAAAAACACCUCAAGGAAAAACUACUGAUUGAACAAUUCGGCUUGCUAGUUGAACUUGUUGAAUGGUUGACUCAGUCAAUCUUUGAUUUCGUGAGAUUGAACUGUAAGACAUUUAUUGAAACAUCAGAAUUGCAUAUGUUCCAUUCAUUUACAAGAAUGCUAACAACAAUGCUCGAAGGAGAGGGGCAAGUUAGCACAGUGUGGCUUCAAUGCACGCUUUUAUUCAGCAUGAUAUGGGGUAUGUGUCCCACACUUGUCAACGACAGUCGUAAACUGUUUGAUACAUUUUUACGUAAAUUACUGGAUGGUGGUAUCGAAGAGAAUCCAAAACCCAAAGCUUUCAAAUUGACAAAACAGCAACUUUUCCCGGAUAAAGGAACAGUCUUUGACUGGGUCUAUGAUAAGAAAAAUAAUGGCACUUGGAUUUCGUGGGUGGAUACAACGACGCAGGUACAAAUGGCACCAAAUGCAAAGGUUGGCGAACUGAUUAUUCAAACAAACGAAAUGUGUAUGCAACGUUUUUUCUUAUCAUGCCUACUUCCACGAGAAAUACCGCUUUUAUUUGUUGGCCCUACGGGAACAGGAAAAUCUGCAAUAGUGUUAAACUAUCUGGUAUCUUUGGCCAAAGAAAAAUUCAUUCAAAAUGCAAUAAACUUUAGCGCAAGAACAAGUGCAUUUCAAACUCAAGAAAUAGUUAUGUCCAAAUUAGAUAGACGCAGAAAAGGAGUGUACGGCCCAACUAUGGGCAAACAGUGUGUCUUAUUUGUGGAUGAUCUGAGUAUGCCGCAGAAGGAAGUGUAUGGUGCACAACCACCUAUAGAAUUAUUACGUCAAUGGAUUGAUCAUGGGUAUUGGUUUGAUCUGAAAGACACUACCAUACUUUAUUUAGUUGAUAUUCUGCUGAUAGCUGCUAUGAUUCCACCAGGAGGUGGAUCUAAUGUAGUUACCUCACGUCUCACUCGACAUAUGCAUAUUAUUGGUAUUGAUUCAUUCGAUGAUACUACAAUGACAAAGAUAUUUACCUCAAUUUUGGACUGGCAUCUUGCCAAGGGGUUCGAUUCGAAUGUUGCCAGACUUGGCAAAAUGGUUGUCGCUGCUACAAUCGAUCUUUUUCAUGAUGCGAUAGAGAACUUUCUACCAACUCCAGCCAAGAGUCAUUACACUUUUAGUUUGCGAGACUUCAGUCGAGUGAUCAGAGGGAUUGUGCUUGUACCAUCCUCACGAAUGAAGGAUCCAGACAAGAUGGUGAGACUAUGGAUCCACGAAGCCUACCGAGUGUUCUAUGAUCGGCUCAUUGAUGACAACGACCGUGAAACAUUAUUCAAAUUAGUUAAAAAUGCAUGCUAUCAGCAAUUGCGACAGCCAGUCGAUAAGGUUCUUGCUCAUUUCUUGGAAGGAGAUGAAAAAAUCAUUACAAACUCACACAUUCGCAAGUUGUUCUUCGGAAAUUAUAUGGAGCCUGAUGUAGAUUCAAAAACUUAUGACGAAGUUAUAAGCGAAGAGGAUUUGCAAGAGAAAAUGGAAUAUUAUUUGACCGAGUACAAUGUCAUGGCAAAAACUCCAAUGUCUCUAGUAUUGUUUAGAUAUGCUAUUGAACAUAUAUCGAGAAUAUCUCGUAUAUUGCUUCAAGAUAAUGGACACGCGCUUUUGGUUGGCAUUGGUGGCUCUGGUCGGAGUUCAUGUGCCAGGCUAGCAACAUCUAUGUGUGAAUAUUUACUUUAUCAAGUUGAAAUGACCAGAACUUACGGUCGAUCCGAAUGGAGGGAUGAUUUAAAAGCUCUUCUGUUGAGCGCAGGAGGUGAUGGAAAAAUGACAGUCUUUCUCUUUGGGGAUAACCAGAUUAAAGAUGAAUCUUUCGUAGAAGAUAUAAAUAUGAUACUCAACACGGGUGAUGUCCCAAAUUUGUACGCAUCUGAUGAAAAAGCUGAGAUACUUGAAAAAAUGAUGAACACAACACGUGAAGGGACUGGUAAGAAAAUGGAAACCACGCCAAUGGCGUUAUACAAUUUCUUCAUUGAAAGAGUUAAAAAUAAUUUACACGUCGUUCUGACCAUGUCACCAAUCGGAGAUGCGUUUCGAAACAGGUUGAGAAUGUUUCCGUCGCUCAUCAAUUGCUGUACCAUAGAUUGGUACACGGCUUGGCCUGAAGAUGCUCUUGAAAAAGUAGCUAAAAUGUUCCUUAAGGAUCUUGAUAUCACAUCUGAGCUUCGUGAAAAGUCUGUGCUCAUUUGUAAGCAGUUUCACACUAGUGUGCAAACUGCUAGCGAGGAUUACUUUGUUACCCAGCGUAGAAAAAAUUAUGUAACUCCUACUAGUUUUCUCGAGCUUAUCAAGUCCAUUUACAAAUUGUAUGGGCAAAAAAUAGAACAGAUUACGUUGCAGCAAAACAGGUACGAAGUUGGUUUGGACAAGCUAGAUUUCGCCGCUGCGCAAGUUGGAGUAAUGCAGGAAGAACUGCAUGCUCUGCAACCAAAACUCUUAGCCCAAUCACAGCUCAGUGAUAAGUUGAUGAUUAGAGUUGAACAAGACACUGUCACAGUAGAAGCCAAGAAAGAAGUAGUCGCAGCUGACGAAGCUUUGGCCAAUGAAGCUGCAGCAGCUGCCCAAGCGAUAAAAGAUGACUGUGAAAGUGAUUUGGCAGAGGCGACUCCAGCACUGGAAGCAGCAUUAUCUGCCCUAAAUACAUUAAAACCUUCUGAUAUUGUUAUCGUAAAGUCUAUGAAAAAUCCGCCAGCUGGAGUGAGGCUUGUCAUGGAAGCGGUAUGUGUGCUUAAGGGCGUUAAACCAAUACCGGUGCAAGAUCCAACCACUGGAGGUAUAGUAGAUGAUUACUGGGCAGCAUCUAUAAAAAUGCUUGGUGACAUGAAAUUUCUUGAAAGUUUGAAAACGUUUAAUAAGGACAAUAUACCACCAGCUAAUAUAAAGAAAAUUCGAGAAAAAUACAUGAACGACAGAGCUUUUGUUCCGGAGGUAAUUAAAAAAUCUUCCACUGCUUGUGAAGGAUUAUGCAAGUGGGUGCGAGCAAUGGAAGUGUAUGACAGGGUGAUCAAGGUGGUAGCACCAAAAAAAGCUAUGUUAGCUGAAGCCGAAGGAGAGUUAUUGGCACAGUUGGAAACUUUGAAUGCCAAGAGAGCACUGCUGCAAGAAGUGACUGACAAAUUGCAAUCCCUGAACGAUGAAUUUGCCGAAUGCAUGCGGGAAAAGAAGAAGUUAGAGGACCUCAUUGACCAUUGUAUGCAAAAAUUAGACAGAGCUGAAAAACUGUUAGGUGGGCUUAGCGGGGAAAAAACAAGAUGGAGUGAAACAGCCGCUACUCUUGGUGAAAGUCUUGGAAGUGUAAUUGGCGAUGUCAUACUAGCUUCUGGAAUAAUUGCCUACCUCGGAGCUUUUACUAUUGAGUAUCGUAAUAGUUUAAUCAAACAAUGGCAUGAAUCUUGUUCCAAAUUACAAAUUCCAUGCGAUUCAGAUUUCGGUCUGGUUAAAAUCCUCGGUGAACCAGUGGAGAUUAGGGCUUGGAUGAUCCAUGGCUUACCGGCAGACACCUUCUCUGUAGAGAAUGCUAUUAUUGUAAAAAACGCAAAUCGGUGGCCACUCAUGAUUGAUCCUCAAGGUCAAGCUAACAAGUGGGUAAAAAAUAUGGAAAAACAGAAUAAAUUGAACAUUAUCAAGUUGACAGACCCAAACUACGUUAGGACUAUGGAAUUGGCUAUUCAGUAUGGCAAUCCAGUAUUACUAGAAAAUAUACUUGAAGAGAUCGAUGCCAUUCUAGAGCCAGUGCUAGUGAGAAAUAUCUACAAACAACAAGGAGUAAUGUACAUGAAGUUUGGAGAGAACGUUAUCGAGUAUCAUACAGAUUUUCGAUUCUACAUAACCACCCGGCUUCGUAAUCCUCAUUAUUUGCCAGAAGUAGCAGUUAAAGUGAGCCUUCUUAAUUUUAUGAUAACACCACAAGGACUUCAAGAUCAGCUGCUCGGUAUCGUAGUUGCCAAGGAUCUACCUGUGCUGGAGGAAAAAAAGAAUCAAUUGAUCAUUGAAGGCGCUAAUAAUAAGCGGAUUCUAAAAGAAAUUGAAGACAAAAUUUUGGAAGUUCUCUCCACAUCUGAAGGAAAUAUCCUGGAAGAUGAAACAGCUGUAAAAAUAUUAUCAUCUUCGAAAGUCCUCUCUGCUGAGAUUCAAGCUAAGCAGGCGGCGGCAAUGAAAACAACAUUGGAGAUUGACGAUGCUCGUAAUAAGUACAAACCUGUUUCAUUCCAUGGAGCUGUUUUAUUUUUCUGUAUAUCAGAAUUGGCUAAUAUUGAUCCGAUGUACCAGUAUUCUUUGGCAUGGUUCAUCCAUUUAUACACUAUGGCGAUUCUCAACAGUGAGAAGUCCGUUGAACUAAAUACACGAAUGAACAAUUUAAAUACAUACUUUACAGCCAGUAUAUACAGAAAUGUUUGUCGAUCUUUAUUCGAAAAAGAUAAGUUGAUAUUUUCCUUUGUUUUAUGCAUCGGCCUUAUGCGUGCUGAUAACAAAGUCGACGAGGAUCUUUGGGUCUUUCUGUUAACUGGCGGUGUCACGCUACAAAACCCUUAUAAAAAUCCAGCUCCGUCUUGGCUCUCAGAAAAGUCCUGGUCCGAAGUAGUGCGAUCAUCACGAUUGACCGGGCUUGGAGAAUUGCAAUCUUCGGUUGAAAAUAGUACGUCAGAUUGGAAGGCAUUCUACGACCUUGCAGAUCCUCAGAAUCACCCUCUACCGUCACCAUUUACGAAUGAAGUACACACCUUGAGUAAACUUGUCAUAUUGAGAUGCAUAAGACCGGAUAAAAUUGUAUCUGCUGUUCAAACAUUUAUCACUCAUCACAUGGGCCAAUCGUUUAUCGAACCGCCACCGUUUGAUCUACAAGAUUCGUAUAAUGACUCCAGCAAUGUUUCGCCUUUGGUUUUUAUUUUGUCUCCUGGGUCUGACCCAAUGGCUGGCCUGAUCAAGUUUGCGGAAGACAAAGGAAUUCAGAAGAAAAAUCUUAUGACAAUUUCUUUGGGCCAAGGCCAGGGACCUAUUGCAGCUGGAAUGAUAAACAAAGGUAUAAAAAGUGGGGAAUGGGUUGUUUUGCAAAACUGUCACCUGGCUGAGAGUUGGAUGAAAGAAUUGGACAGAAUCUGUGACGAAGUCAUAAUACCAGAAAACACGCAUCCCAAAUUUCGAAUAUGGCUGACGAGUUACCCUUCCAAAGCAUUCCCUGUUUCUAUACUGCAAAAUGGUGUCAAAAUGACGAAUGAAGCACCCAAAGGCUUGAAACAAAAUUUACUCAGAAGCUAUCUCAAUGAUCCUAUUUCAGACACGAAAUUUUUUAAUAAUUGCUACAAAAUAAGUGAAUGGAGGACUCUUCUAUUUUCGCUAUGUUUCUUCCAUGCUGUAGUCCAAGAAAGACGAAAAUUUGGACCCCUUGGAUGGAAUAUUCCCUAUGAAUUUAAUGAGUCAGACUUGCGAAUCAGCGUUUUGCAGUUGCAGAUGUUUUUGAACGAAUAUCAAGAAGUUCCAUUUGAAGCGUUGCUCUACCUCACUGGAGAAUGUAAUUAUGGCGGUCGUGUCACUGAUGACAAAGAUCGUCGAUUAAUGAGCUCUCUUCUCCAGAAUUACUAUUGUGAAGCAGUCCUAAAAGACCCUGAAUACUCCUUUUCUGCGAGUGGAAUAUAUCACCUACCACCAAAUACAGACAUGGCUGGAUGCUUACAGUACAUUCGUAGUCUACCAAUAAAUCAAUUGCCUGAAGUAUAUGGACUACAUGCUAAUGCCGACAUUACUAAGGAUAAUAAGGAAACUUCGCAACUAUUAGCAGGAGUGCUGCUUACACAAACGCAAAUAAGUGGUGGAACUGGUGACGGAGAUGCCGGUGAGAUGGUUACCAAUCUUGCAGAAACGAUUCUGUCCUCGAUGCCACCGCAGUUUGAUGUAGAAUAUGUGGCGCGGAAGUAUCCUGUACUCUACUCCAACAGUAUGAAUACGGUUCUGCGGCAAGAAUUAAUUAGAUUCAAUCGACUCACCGAAGUGAUUAAAAGCACGUUAAAGAAUGUGCAAAAAGCAAUUAAAGGGCAGGUAGUGAUGUCAGAAUCGUUGGAAGAGGUUUACAUUAACAUGAACAUCGGCAAAGUUCCAGCCUGCUGGGAUAAAAAGUCUUAUCCGUCACUGAAACCACUUGGAAGUUAUAUUACUGAUCUGCUCGCACGAUUGGAGUUUUUGCAAAAAUGGAUCGAAAACGAUGCUCCUGUUGUAUUCUGGCUGUCUGGAUUUUUCUUUACUCAAUCUUUCUUAACUGGUGUGCUACAAAAUUUCGCCCGAAAACAUAAAAUACCAAUCGAUCAUCUUGAUUUCGAAUUCAAAGUUACGAAGUUUGAGAGAAGCACUGAUGAACCACCAUCCUACGGAGUUUACACCCGGGGAUUAUUCCUGGAAGGUGCACGUUGGGACAGAAAGCUAAUGGCACUGAACGAAUCUCUGGCUAAGAUAAUGUUUGACGUUGUGCCAAUAAUAUGGCUAAUGCCAGGCAAAAAGAUUGAGUUCAAGGAACUCCCGGUUUACCAAUGUCCUGUCUACAAGACGAGUGCAAGACGAGGAGUUCUGGCCACGACAGGGCAUUCGUCCAACUUUGUCAUGUAUAUUUUAUUAACAUCAAACCAUCCGGAGACCCAUUGGAUUAAUCGUGGAGUCGCAUGCCUUUGUCAACUGGACGACUAGGUAUAGCGAUUAGUUCAAAAAUAGUAUUAUUUCAGGCUAUUUAUGGACGUCUGCCUUAUUUGCUAUUGAAGAGUCGCACAAAAUGACCGCAAAUGGUCUGUUUUAAUACAGCAAGUUCUGAGAUCAGAAUUUCGAUAAGCACACCAUUCAAUGAAAUACAAAAUAUGAUAUAAUCUUACCUUUUCUGAAGUAAUCAGAAUUAUUUAUAAUUUAAGAAAUAUUUACAUAGUACAACCUAUACUGCAGUCCUUUACCAUUUUUAAUUUAACGAUAUGAUAUAAUCUAUAACUUUUUUUAUCACUUAUUCUACGAAGAUCGAUACAUGAAACUUACUGCAAUUGU